AUGAAGGAUAUAUGGAAUCUUCCUAAUAUUGUACACUUGAAAGUAAGUGAGGAGAAAGGACGUUGUAUUAUUGCAAAUAGAGAUAUUAAAGCUGGUGAAGUAAUUUGGCUUGAAUAUCCUUUUAUAUACAUUGUAUUUGAAGAAUUCCUCGAUAGUGUCUGUGAUACCUGCCUUAAAUAUAUUGGUACUGAAAAAGUGGUUAAUAUAAUAGUUUGUAAUGGAUGUAGUGUUGUAAAAUACUGUUCUAAUAUAUGCAAGUCCAAUUCUGAAGGAAUACAUAAAUUUGAAUGUAAACUUAUGAAGAAUAAAUUCAAAGAUAUUUCAGAAAAAUGUGGAGUCACUUUUGAUAGAGUAAGAAUCUUAUCUAGAUUUAUUAUUGUUAAUUUAUUCUCUAAAAGUAAUUUUGGAAUAUUUAGUAAUAUUAAACAUGAAAACAAACUUCUUUAUUCUUCAUAUGAACAUGUUAAAACAUUAGUAUCACAUAUAUCUGAAUUUUGUCAAGAAAGAAAAAGUAUAUAUUUAAGUUUAGCCUCUGAGUUACUUAAUAUUUUUGAAAAUUCACAAUAUCAUAAGACAUUUGGAUCAGAUCAUCAUGAAAUAGGAGCCUCCUCUAUAUCUCUUUCUAUAAUGGAUUUAGUAGAAAUAUUAUGUAUAAUUGAUAGUAAUAGUUUUGGUAUUCCAAUAUUUGCAUCAAGUUAUUAUUCAUACUAUUAUGACAAUAUUCUUAAAAACUCCAAUUCUUCUUUUGAAAAUCCAUCUAAUUCUUUGCAGUUAUCUUCAAUACUAUUAAGUCCAAAUAUCACUGCCUGGGGUCUAUUCCCUUAUGCAAGCUUAAUAAAUCAUAGUUGUGAACCAAACUGUUCAUAUCUAGGAAAUGAUGAAAGUACUAGAUAUCCAUAUAUAGAAAUUAGAAGUACAACCAAUAUACCAAAAGGUGAUGAGAUCACAAUUUCUUAUAUUGAACUUUAUGAAUCAAGAAAGCAAAGAAUAUCCCAACUUUAUAAAACAAAAUAUUUUAUAUGUAGAUGUACUCGAUGCAAACAAGAUCUUUAUAAAUCUAUGGAUUAUUUUAUUGAGGGAAUACUAUGCUAUAACUGUGCCAAAUUAAAAAAUCAAAAAGUCUUAUUAAAAUGUAUAUCAUCAAAUUUCUAUGAUAUAUUGAAGAAUCAAGACCAUAAUCAAUGUAUUUCAAUUUUAGAACAAGAAUCUGAUCUAAUAUCAAUAAUUGCUGCUCAGUAUAAAUGUACUAAUUGUCAACUAAUUUAUAAUGGUUCUGAGAUUGCAAAUAUUAUCAAGAAUAUUGAAGACAUUAUAGAUGAAUCAAGUUUGCUUAAUAAUGAACAUGGAGAUGUUCAUAGAGCUAUAGAACUUUUGAGAUCAGCUUUAGAUAAUUAUCUAUUAAAAAAUACUCAAAUACAUUAUCUCCACUAUUUAAUAUAUAGAUGCUGCAAGUUAUUAGGUUUUUGGAGUGUUAUAAUAAAGGAAUGGGGGUAUGUAGAACAUUAUAUUGGACAGAUGAUUAAAUGCAAUAUUGCUAUUUUCAAGAACAAAAAUAAUUUGGACAUUUCCAACCUUUAUGCAGCGAGAGCUAUUGCACUUGAGAAUUUAGGUAGUAUAUCUGAGGCACAAAAGUCAUGGAAUUCAUGUCUUGCUAUUCGUGAAAUAUGCUGUGGAUGUGAACAUUCACUUUAUCGAUUUGUAGCUAAAAGAUUACAUAAUUAA